AUGCUCAACAGCCGCGGCGAUCCCGGAUCCUCAACCCGCCGAGAGGAGAUAGCGCGGGAAGAGACCGCCGUCGAGCCCGAUGACGACUUCGUGGACGACUCGACGAUGCAGGGAUGCCACCUUUUCCUGAGACCCCGGGAGACGACGAGACCGAGGACGCUGUCACGGCGGAGGAGAUGCAGCGUUCCGCACCCUCCUCGACAUGAAGUUUGCCGGGACGCGAUGCCGACGCCGACAGACGAUGCAGACGCUUCGCAUCGACGAGGACAUCGACGAGAUGUUCCAAACCUCGGGAUCCACCGACUCAUGUUCCAGCAGCACGAGUCUUACCGGAAGGCGACUUGCCUUUUCCUUGCCACUCUCGAGCACGAGCCCUGCCACCCGGCAAGACCACACCCGACGGCAGUGACGGGUACAUCACGUUCUGGGCCACCGGACAGCGACACUAUCUCUCAUACAGAGACAUCGACCGAGCACUUUCCUGCCGCCAGGCAACCGUCUAGGCCUCGACAUCAGGAGCCCGCCGGUCCGCUACUUCCACAAGGCGAUCGCCAACACGCUCUUUUCCCGACAGGCCACCGGGAACGUCACAGAGACAGAGAUGGCCAUGAUCGACGUGGCACUCACAGGCAUCCCGUUGAGACUGAUCAACGGGACCGAGCUCCGAGGCAGCAGGUCCACGGAGGCAUCACGGUCGCCUUGCUAGCCAGCUCCGCUCUUACAGGGACUGGGCUUCGAGGAACAGGACCAUCCGGCACAAGUGCACACUGCGGAUGGGCGGCUUGGUCACACCUCUUCUACGCGCCGUCGGCUUCACACCUGACAGAGAGGACGAGGUCGCCACCCGAGUGGCUCGAUCUCGAGUACCUGAGGAACAGCGUCUUCUUGCAGAAGACGUCAGACGCCAGCCGACUCCUGUACCAGUUCACCCACGUUCAGCUCGGCGUUCCCGCAUGUUGCUCCCCAGCCCCAGCUGGACGACGAUCAGAGGUGGGACCAACGUCGAGUUCAACCCACCUCAGUCUGCUCUCUACGGAGACCGAGACCGCCAGAGACUACGCCACACCUCAGGCGACCACACCGCGGCGAUCCAUCACACGAGCUCGACUCCAUGCAGACGGACGAGCUCGACCACUUCCACUUCGGGUACGCCACCACUGCCAGACAGACCGCCGGGCUGAAGGCGGCUCACCAGCACAUCAGCAUUCUUCAGCGGUGGAACAAGGCGCAGGACAAGAUCACCACAAGCUCAAGAGCAAGGUGAAGAAGAUGGCCGAUCAGAUCCGUGCCAUGCAGGACAAGCUGAGCUGUACUGCCUCAGCUUCAGGAGGUGUCCACAGGACCGCAGUCGGUCCACGCCAGGCGAUCCCCUCUGAGGACGACGACGAGCCCGACCACGACACCACCGGCGGACGACCACUACCUCCUGAGCCACCACGACACUCUUCCUUCGAGCCGCGACAGCAGCGGAAGAGGCGCUUUGGAGAGCCGCAGACAGCGAGACCAUCAGGCGCAGAGCUCGGCAGACUUGCCAUUCAGGCGAUGCAGCUCCACUUCGAGGCCGACAGCGCCGACAGACCACACACCGCCGACGAGAGCUCCGCCGGACCAGUACGUGCCUUACACCAGAGCGAGCUGCGCCACCACCGUCCCUACUUACACGCAGGAGAGCAUGCAGGAGGAUCUCGACGACUUCAUCUACGGACGCCGCUGAUGCUCUCUCCUGACGCCACUCGACCGACCACCACCACUGUAUCAUUCCAUUUUCCCUUUUCUUUUUCUUUUAUUGAGUCUGUUUAA